CAGCUGCCUCACAGGGCCAUGGAAACAGCAGUGAUCGGAGUGGUGGCAGUGCUGUUUGUGGUCACUGUAGCCAUCACCUGCAUCCUGUGCUGCUUCAGCUGUGAUUCAACGGCCCAGGAUCCUCAGGGGGGCCCGGGCCGCAGCUUCACAGUGGCCACGUUUCGCCAGGAGUCUUCUAUCUUCACGGGGCCGGGUCACCAUGCCCAGCCCGUGGCGGGUGCCCGGGACUUCUGGACCUUCAUGUGAGGCCUGACGGUCCCCAGGAUUUGUUCUGCUGGUGGGUCAGACUCACUCACCACCCAGCGAGCCUUCCCCGGGGUCCUACUCCUCCAAGUCUGGCAUUCCCGUCCUUCGCUGCCUCUAUUCUGCAAGCUCCUUGUCCGGUCCCAUCCCAUCUCACUUUGCUCUGCCCUCCAGCCUGGAAAUCCGCAGCAGUGGGACCAAGUGGAAUUCAGCUUGGACCCCUGAGAGCUCAGCCGGAUCCUUCCCACAGGAUGGGGCUUAGGAGAGGCCUGCAGAGUGAGCGACUGGGCAAUGUCCGAUUGCAUGAUGGGCCAGCUCUUCUGAUUUACAUGGGGGACUUAGAUCACUGGAAUUGAUUGUAAACAGUGUUGUGUCACUCAAUUUAUCCCAGGAUGCCUGUGACACUGGUUCUAUUGCCACCAGAAGAAACAGCGAGCUCAAGUAGACGUUUUAACGUUUUUACCUACCCCUCUGACUGAGUCAUUUCGUUACUUGCAAGUGCACAUUGCAGAGAACCUGACGUCGAGAACUGUCCCCUGCCAGUUGCCUGAAUCAGCCCUGAAAUCCUGAAACCAAAAGGCUGCUACCUGGGAACACGUGAUUUAUUUUAGAGUUGAAAAUGUAUACCCCUUCAGAGGCCUGUCAAGAAUCAAGAGAAAAAAGAAACUCACAGAAAGCACAAGAUGUUUUAUUAACAAGAAAGCCAGAAAGAAGACUUUGAAACAUAUUUCGAAUGAGACUUUGUUACUGUAUUCUUAUAGGUCGCUUCUAAGAGAAUGUGAUUGACUUGUGUCACUUAGAAAUGAUAGAAAAAUCAUGAACUGAAAGAUAAUUCCAAAUAAGCUGAAAUGUUGUGUUACAUUGAGAGCACGUAACAAAGCUCUUGUUUUCAUCACAAAUAAAGGGAGGCUCAGUUUU